AGAGCGCGGCGCUGGCUCUAGGCUGGGGGAGGCGGUGGCGGAGAAGGAGGAGGAAAAGGAGGAGGAGCGGGGCCAGCAGGAGGCAGCAGCGGCGACCCGAUUGGGGUGAUGGUGCAGAUGCCCGGGUUCGGCGCGGAGCUGCCCGGCUGAGGGGCGCCUAGUCCGUGGUCUGCAGCGCCGCGGCGUCUCUCCUGGGGGCGGCGGACGGGCGGGAAGAUGCUGAGCAGGUUGAUGAGCGGCAGUAGUAGGAGUCUGGAGCGCGAGUACAGCUGCACCGUGCGGCUGCUGGACGACAGCGAGUACACCUGCACCAUCCAGAGAGAUGCCAAAGGCCAGUACCUGUUUGACCUUCUUUGCCACCACCUGAACCUACUUGAGAAAGACUAUUUUGGGAUCCGCUUUGUGGACCCAGAUAAGCAGCGGCAUUGGUUGGAGUUUACAAAGUCUGUGGUGAAGCAGUUGAGAUCCCAGCCUCCAUUCACCAUGUGUUUCCGUGUGAAGUUUUACCCUGCAGACCCUGCUGCCCUGAAAGAAGAAAUAACCAGGUAUUUAGUCUUCCUGCAGAUCAAAAGGGAUCUCUACCACGGUCGCCUCCUCUGCAAAACAUCAGAUGCUGCCUUGUUAGCGGCUUAUAUCCUUCAAGCGGAGAUUGGAGAUUAUGACCCAGGAAAACACCCUGAAGGCUACAGCUCCAAGUUUCAGUUUUUUCCUAAACAUUCAGAGAAGCUGGAAAGGAAAAUUGCUGAGAUUCACAAGACAGAACUCAGUGGUCAAACACCAGCAACGUCAGAGCUGAAUUUUUUAAGAAAAGCGCAGACUUUGGAGACGUACGGAGUGGACCCUCACCCGUGUAAGGAUGUGUCAGGAAACGCUGCAUUUCUGGCCUUCACACCUUUUGGAUUUGUGGUUCUUCAAGGAAACAAGAGGGUCCACUUCAUUAAAUGGAACGAGGUGACCAAGCUAAAAUUUGAAGGAAAGACUUUCUAUUUAUACGUAAGUCAGAAAGAGGAAAAGAAAAUUAUUCUCACAUAUUUUGCUCCAACUCCAGAAGCCUGCAAGCACCUGUGGAAAUGUGGAAUUGAGAACCAAGCCUUCUACAAGCUGGAGAAGUCAAGCCAAGUCCGCACAGUGUCCAGCAGCAAUUUAUUCUUUAAAGGGAGCCGGUUCCGAUACAGUGGCCGAGUUGCAAAGGAAGUAAUGGAGUCAAGUGCCAAGAUCAAAAGGGAGCCACCGGAAAUCCACAGAGCUGGGAUGGUUCCCAGCCGCAGCUGUCCCUCCAUAACCCAUGGCCCAAGGCUGAGCAGUGUCCCCAGGACCCGGAGAAGAGCUGUUCACAUCUCCAUCAUGGAAGGCCUAGAGUCCCUUCGGGACAGUGCCCAUUCCACCCCGGUGCGUUCCUCUUCUCAUGGGGACACCUUUCUGCCUCACGUGAGAAGCAGCCGGGCAGACAGCAAUGAGCGAGUCGCCGUGAUUGCAGAUGAGGCCUACAGCCCUGCAGACAGUGUGCUGCCCACCCCUGUGGCUGAGCACAGCCUGGAGCUGAUGCUGCUUUCCCGGCAGAUCAAUGGGGCUACCUGCAGCAUCGAGGAGGAGAAGGAGUCUGAGGCCAGCACCCCAACUGCUGCAGAUGUGGAGGCCCUUGGGGGAGAGCUGAGGGCCCUAUGUCAGGGGCACGGCAAGCCAGAGGAAGAACAGGUGAAUAAGUUUGUUUUAAGUGUCCUCCGUUUGCUCCUUGUGACCAUGGGACUCCUCUUUGUUUUGCUCCUACUCCUGAUCAUCCUUACCGAGUCUGACCUAGACAUUGCCUUUUUCCGCGAUAUCCGCCAGACCCCCGAAUUUGAACAAUUCCACUAUCAAUACUUUUGUCCCCUCAGGCGAUGGUUUGCCUGCAAAAUCCGCUCAGUGGUGAGCCUGCUCAUUGACACCUGAGAAGGCAUGACUCCUCCUAAUAACUAGCCAGGUGGACCAAGGAGCCCGGCUACCCAUUCCCAGCAAUGGGACCCAUCGCGGAACCAUCGGCACAUGUACCAAGUCCUCCUCUCAUGACUCCAAGUCCACAGCCUAGGAGGGUUGUUUCCCAGAAGAAGAAAGGGAUAGGCUCAUGCCCUGUCCAAACAAACUGGGAAAGCUCAUUUUCUUCAGAGGUUCUCUCAAGAAAGGCUCGGCGACUCUGUCUCAUUCUCCCAAUUUGCAGGAUAACUUUUGGUUUUGAAUUUUGAUUUUUCAUAGAUGUGUAUUAUUUUGAAAGUAUCAAAUAAAAAUAAUUUAUUUUAUUA